AUCGCUGGCUAGCGUUAGCGCCUGAUAUUCCCCCCCACUUCCCCUUUCGGUUGUGGCCAAAGAAGCGCGACAUGUAACGAUCGCGUCGAGUUCUGGCGAGGACCAACCUAAGCCAUUUUGUUGACUGCUCCUCCGAGUAAUGUCUGUUUGGGGGAUCAUCUGAGCUCUCACGACAAGUUCCUGAGGCAAACCGACCGUGUCCCGGAUAGGCCUCUUCCCAUAGAACAACUUGAUCAGUUAGUGAAUUCUCAGACAUGUACAGAAUACAAGCAUCAGCAGCAGCGCAGGCCGAGCCCAGAUACUAUGUCGAAACCGAUCCCACCGGUCGGUAUGCUCGGUUUGAAGAAGUUCUGGGCAAAGGGGCAACCAAGACAGUGUACAAGGCGAUCGAUGAGGUCCUCGGGAUGGAGGUGGCAUGGAACCAAGUUAAGCUGAACGAUUCGUUUCGGUCUGCGGACGAAUUGCAGCGUCUGAUCUCGGAGGUUCACCUCCUCAGCACCCUCAAUCACGACUCCAUAAUGAAAUUCCACACUUCCUGGGUCGAUAUCGAAGGGAUGUCCUUCAAUUUCAUCACCGAAAUGUUCACUUCAGGCACCCUCAGAAAUUACAGGAAGAAAUACCGACGAUUGGACAUCCGAGCCAUAAAGAAUUGGGUUGUUCAAAUACUUCACGGCCUCGUGUAUCUGCAUGGCCACGAUCCGCCAGUAAUCCACAGAGAUCUGAAGUGUGAUAACCUCUUUGUUAAUGGCCAUCUGGGACAAGUUAAAAUUGGCGAUCUUGGACUCGCAGCGAUUCUUCAUGGUUCUCGGGCAGCUCAUAGCGUCAUAGGCACUCCGGAGUUUAUGGCGCCAGAACUCUACGAAGAGAAUUACAAUGAGCUCGUCGAUGUCUACUCGUUUGGCAUGUGCGUCUUAGAAAUGAUUACUUGCGAGUAUCCUUACGCUGAAUGCACCAAUCCGGCUCAAAUUUACAAGAAAGUCACGUCGGGAAAGUUGCCAGAAGCACUCUACCACAUUGGAGGCUCGAAGGCGCAGAAAUUUGUCAUAAAAUGCUUAGCAAACGUUUCGAGUAGAGUAUCGGCGAGGGAGCUGCUACACGACCCAUUUCUUAUAAGUAACGAAGAUGACCAGCUCCCAGGAUUGAAGUUGGAAAUGCCAGAGCCGUUCCUGAAUGUGAAAGAAGUGGAAAAUCUGUCUGCAAGGGAUGAUCCACUCAGGACCGACAUGAAAAUUACGGGAAAGCUGAAUCCUGAGGAUCACACCAUUUUUCUGAAAGUUCAGAUUGCUGAUAGAAAUGGUUCAGUGAGAAAUGUCUAUUUUCCUUUCGACAUUGUAAACGACACUCCAAUUGAUGUGGCAAUGGAAAUGGUCAAGGAACUGGAGAUUGUGGACUGGGAAGCAGAGGAGUUAGCCGAAAUGAUCGGUGGAGAAAUCUCGGCUUUAGUACCUAACUGGACAAAGCAGGACGUGCCAGACUAUUAUCAGGAGAAUGAAGAUGGCUUUCCUCUACCUUUUCUCUCAUUCUCCUCCAGUUCGUCAUCCCAGGCAUCACCAUCAGGUUUUACAGCCUACAAAGGGAAUGAAAUCGCGUCCGACGACAGUUGUCUCCAGGAUAUGCCAGAUGAUAUGAGCUCUCCAAGCUCCUUACAGUCCGGUACGUAUUCCUACACAAGUUACUGCUGCCCGGAAGAUCACGAAGUGAACUCAGGUCCUUCAAACCCAGAUCAACACCUUAUCAGCACAAGCAACAAACCUUUGAGGUUUUGCGCCGACGACUACCACAGGCCAAGGCAGUUCAACGUUAGGAGUCAGACCUUACAAUGCCAGGUCCUGACAGAGUCCGAUAGAGACUCUGCCUCUGUCAUUAACCGGAGGAUGAUUGGCCGCAGACUGUCACGGAACAGGUCUCUGGUAGAUGUCCAUAGCCAGUUACUUCGCCUGUCAUUGCUGGAGGAGGUGAACAAGCGGAGGCUGUUCAGGACAGUCGGAGCGGUUGAGAACAUCGGGUUUCAGGCGCCCUUUGAGAUAUCAAGAAAGGCGCCACAGAUUGGUGGAUCUUGUGUCAUCAGCAGUUCAAGGCAUGAAAAGGGCCAGAGGAUCCAAAACAGAAGAAACUGAAAUCUGCCCUCUCUAAUAAGCAUCUAGAAAAUGGUGAUUUGCAUCAAAAUGUCAGGAAAUUUAGCAUUGUAUCCGCCCUGCAAAGAUCAAAACUACGAUCCUUUUAGGUCGCAGGAGUUUCAUAUGAACGUUUAGCUUGAAUGCAACUAAUGCCGAUUUCAAGCGGUCUAAUGCAAAAAAUAAGCAGCUGAUGCCUGCUAAUAGACGAGGUAAAUGCAUUUCAUAAUGACAUCUCUGUAUUUGCAA